AUGGAAAACAACGAAUCGGGCUGUGAGUCACCGGUGUGCGCGGGCUGUGGCGCGCUGAUCUCAGAUCGCUUCUACCUGCUCGCGGCAGACAGAAGGUGGCACGAGCGGUUUUUGAAAUGCAGCGCGUGCCACGCUGACCUGGAGUCAGAGAUCACGUGCUUCAGUAAACACGGAGACAUUUACUGUAAGGAGGACUAUUACAGGAGGUUUUCUUCACAAAGAUGUGUGCAGUGCCACCUGGGAAUCUCUGCCGCAGAGCUGGUGAUGCACGCUGGGGAUCUGGUGUACCACUUGAGCUGUUUUUCCUGUGCCACCUGCGACAAAGUGCUGUUCACUGGAGAUCACUACGGGAUGAGAGAGACGUCAGUGUAUUGCUGGGUACAUUUCGAGAUGAUGCUGCAGAGGGAAUGUCUUACAGAAUUGUAUUAUUCAGACAUGUCUCCAGGAGAGCUAAAUCAUGAGAGCGGCACAUACAAUGAAGGGACACCUGUGCACAGAGAACGGGCCCAGAAGAGGAAAAACUUUGAUGCAACAGACCAUGUGUCUUAUAAUUCAGAUGUGAGCGAUAUGGGUGUGGACUUGUCGGCGAGAGUGAGCUGUCAGAAGUCCAGACGCAUGAGAACGUCUUUCAAGCAUCACCAGCUGCGGAGCAUGCAGAACUUCUUCACCCACAACCACAAUCCAGAUGCCAAAGACCUCAAAGAGCUCGCCCAGAAAACGGGCCUCACCAAACGUGUGCUCCAGGUCUGGUUCCAGAACACCCGUGCAAAAUUCAGGAGAAACUGUCUGUAUCAGGAGAGCAUGGGAGUAGACAAUGUCUCUGACAAUUCCACAAUCACGUCUCCAUCAGUGCCUUCACCCGAACUGUCCCACAGAUCCCUGAGCCCGUCCAGCCCCACCGGCACCUCUCUAUCACAACACACACAAAACACAACAGCAUUAGCCAGUCACAGCGCUCACUCGUCAGUGUCUUAA